AUGGAUGAAUACCGAUAUAAGCCUCUCGAUCAUGAUCGACCUACAAUUCGGCUGCUACGAAUUCAUCAAGGAAGCGGAGACGAAUUGACGUGCAAUUUAUUCGAGGCGCUUCUUCAUCACGAUCUCAUUCAAUACGAAGCGCUGUCUUACACUUGGGGCGCAUCAGCUACGCCAAAAAAUGUCACCGUGGAUGAGCAAAAGCUGGCAAUCACAGCAAACCUACACCUAGUUCUCAUAAGCCUCCGCCGUCCAGACACUGAUCGAAUCCUCUGGAUAGAUGCAAUUUGCAUUGACCAAAGCAACAAGAGGGAGCGAAGCCACCAAGUCGCGCAGAUGAGUGAUAUAUACAAGCAGGCUGACUGCGUUCUUUUCUUCCUGGGACACACGACUUACAGUACCGAUGUAUUUAUGGACUAUAUGAGUCUUUUCCAGCAGGAGCGCAGUAAUUAUGCAUACCAAUCUUGGGCUCGAGACGAUGAGCGCUGGAAGAUAAUUCAGGAAGCCGUUCAGGGAGAAACGGAUAAGCCUGAUAUCAAGAUACUUUCACUAGGAUUAAAAUGCCUUCUAAACAGCCCCUGGUUCCUUAGAGUCUGGAUUCUACAGGAAGUGGCAAACGCAAAGAAGGCCAUUGUGUGCAGCGGGACAAAAGAGAUAGCAGCAAGCGUCUUUAGCAUUGCUCCAAUUAUCUUCAAUAUCAGCCCAAGCGUACAUUGCCAAUCGGUCAUUGAUAUCAUGCCUGGACCUUGGCGGAAAACUUCAUGGUGGAGUAAGGGUCCUUGUCUCUAUACUUUGUUGUCAAAGUUUGGCGGAGCUCAGGCAACCGAAUCCCAAGAUCUUAUAUAUGCGCUGAGGGGAAUUGCUACCGACAAAGAGUCUCUCAUACUGACACCAGACUACAAUAAAUCUGAGGAGUGUCUCGUUCGCGAUAUUGUGCGAUUUCUAUUCGACUUUGAAUACGAUGCGAAGAUGGCUUGGAGCAUGCUGGGAACAGUCAGAGAUGUCAUAAGAAACUUGGAGCGAAUCAAAGACCGCAUCUUCAUCGAGCGAAUCAAAGCUGAUGAAGCGAGCCGUUUGGGCGGCCUCCUCCAGGCGCCUGGUUUCACAUUUUCCCCGACCGCUGUUGAAGCUGCG